AUGAGCCGCCCGCGGCGACGACCUCCCCCCUCCCCGUUCUGGAUCUGGCCGCCCUGGACGCCCGCCGCCACGUGCCCGCCUCCCGGAUGCCUGACGCCCCGACGCCUCCGCCGGCGCGCGUCCCCCCGCGCCACCCCGACGCCCCGCCUCUCCAUCGCCGGACUGCCCCGUUCCCCGCCUCUGCUUCACCCGGCGCCGCCGGACGUCCACCUCGACCUCAUCCCCGACCGGCCUCCUCGAGCCACGCCGCCCCCGUUCAUCUGCAACGAUGGUGAGGCCGUCGGCCUCGUCCUUCCCUUACCCCCUGCCGCAUGCACGCGCCUGUGCUGCCCGCUGCUGCUGCGCCAGCCCCGCACGGCGCUCGUCGCGCCCCGCCGCCGGACCGUGUCGCGCCUCCCGCUCAAACCCCCCCCAUCGCGCGCUGCUCGCUGCGCCCUGGCGCACACGCGCCGCCCUCCCGCGACCGGCCUCUGCCUCGGCUCGCCGCUGCAGGGCGCAGCUCCGGCCGGCCGGCCUCUCCACGGCCGCGCCCGGGCUCGGCAUCUGACCAGGCAACCCCAUGCCCGCGCCCGCUAA